UAACGAGCACCUUCCGCCUUCCCCUUACCAGUCUCCAAAGUAUUCGGGGCCGCCGCCAUUCUCCCCUCGUUACGCCACGGACAUAAACCAGAAGAGGCCGUUUCGCGUCCCCAACACUGAUAGUCAGUGCUCACAGGUUCUUUUGGCAGACCCCGGAUCAUUGUGAACCCCAGCGGACCGCAGAUUGCCUCCAGCAUUGAGGAUGAACCCUGUCAUCUGGUGGAUUCGUAACAGCUUUCAGUCAGUGCAGGGCCUCGAGUCCAAAGACCUGCAGGAGCGGCUGAAACUGGGCCGCGAACAGCUGUUGCUGCUGGACGUCCGCAGUCCGGCGGAAUAUGAAGUCAGUCACUUGGAGGGAGCCAUUCAUGUUGACCCACAGACCACCGACAUGGAGAAGCUGGUGAAGGAGCUGGGCCUGGCAGACAGCCUGGCGGACAGGGACGUGGUCUGUUACUGCACAUUGGGCUACCGCUCCUGCAAGCUGGCCCAGGGCCUGGGGAAAGUCCUUGCCCGUGAGACAGGCGAGGGUGUCGGCAACUCGCAGAGGAUCUACAACCUGGAGGGCGGGCUGAUGAAGUGGGCCAAUGAGGGCAAGCCCAUCGUGGACAGCAAGGAGCAGCCGACCCAGCUUGUCCACCCCUACAGCUCCGUGUGGGCUUACCUCCUGGAGCCGCAGUUCCGGGCCCCGAUCUGAGAUGCGACUCGCGACACAGUAACGGGGAAAUGGAGGGAUCACUGGGAACUCAGCUGAAGGAAAGGUUUAAUUAGGCCGAUAAUCUCUGCUCAUGUGAUCUUACUGCUGAUUCACUUUGAUAUUCGUGGCAUGCUUGUGUAGCGGUUAGCGGAGCCAGUGACCAGCUUUAAUCCCCACUGCUGUCCCUAGGGAGUUUGUCCGCUCUCUCCGUGACACAUGGGUUUUCUCCAGGUCCUGUGGUUUCCUCCCGUUGUCCAGAGAACUCACCCUGGCUGGUUAGCUGGUUCAUUCAUUAACGCCGGCUGGUUAGCUGGAUCGUUUACUAAGCCUGGCUGGUUAGCUGGUUCAUUCAUUAACGCCGGCUGGUUAGCUGGAUCGUUUACUAAGCCUGGCUGGUUAGCUGGAUCGUUUACUAAGCCUGGCUGGUUAGCUGGAUCGUUCAUAAACCCCAGCUGAUUACUUGGGUCAUUCGCAAACCCUGGCUGGUUACCUGAGUCAUUCACUAACCCCAGCAAGUUACCUAGAUCACUCAUUAACCCCGGUUGGUUAUCUGGCUACACUCUGGGUUGAGCUGUUGCUUGAGGACUGACCUUUAUGUGAUUCUGGACAUAGAACGGAUUGUCACUCAGACGUUUCCUAAUGGUACGUUGCGGAGAGCCGGCGUCCGUUGAUAGUUGGUUCUGCACAAGGAAUGUUUUACAAAGGCAUCAUUAGGCUCGGCAGAGGGGCAGGGCAGGAUAAUCACUGCCUAGAGCUGUCUGCGGGGGAUGAUCCUGUCCCAGUGCACAGACACGGGUGUUCCUGUUUGUUCAGCGUUAGGGGUGGGAGACAGGUGAUGGGACACACACGGCUCUGGGACGACUGAGCACACACGCACUAGCACACACUCAUUUGGGACAGGCACUGGUGCUUUAGCCAGUGCGAGAUGGGUGACACUGGACAGCAGGGCACUGGCAACUGGCAGAGUCUCUCUUUUUGAUGUGUGAGUCCAGGGCUCUGGGAAUGAAUGAUGGAAUUUGUUGGGGUGUGUGGGCCCAGAGUUUGUUCGGGUUUGUGCAGGGUUUAUUGGGGUGUGUGGGUUCAGGGUUUGUUGGGGUCUGUGUAGAGUUCAUUGGGGUGUGUGGGCCCAGGCUUUGUUAGGGUAUGUAGGUUCAUAUUUCAAUGGUGUGUACGAGCCCAGAGAUUUUGGGGUGUGUGGGUUCAGGGUUUGUUGGUGUCUGUGUAGGGUUUGUUGGGGUGUGUGGGCCCAGGGUUUGUUGGGGUAUGUGGGUUCAGGGUUCAAUGGGGUGUACGGGCCCAGAGAUUUUAGGGUGUGUGGGUUCAGGGUUUGUUGGGGUGUGUGGGUUCAGCGUUUGUUGGGCUGUGUGGGUUCAGGGUUUGUUGGGGUGUGUGGGUUCAGGGUUUGUUGGGGUGUGUGGACCCAGGGUUUGUUGGGCUAUGUGGGUUCAGGGUUUGUUGGGGUUUACAGGCCUGGAGAUUUUGGGGUGAAUGACCAAGCUUGUUGGAAUUGGGCCACAACUACCUCAGAACAUAAAUGACUUUUAUUUCUGUUUUAAAUCAAUGUGAAAGAUUAUCACGCAAGUUCAAUGUUAAUAACUGUUACCUGAUUAAACCAGUGAAUUCCA